CGACGGGACGUCCAUUUCUCGCUCACUUUAUCAUACAUGCUGUAGCGAGACGGUCGGUGGUUCGAGUUUUUCGUUCCGCGAAAAGGAUUUUUCCUCUUUUUCCGUUCCGUUCUCGGUUGGAUUUUGUCGCGAGUGGUUAGUGUGCAGCAUCAGCAGCAAGCGCGGGCCGAAUUUUCAUUUUGCGCGAGUGUGUUCCGAAGGCGUUUUCCUACGAAUCAAAAUGAAAAUCUGGACUUCAGAGCAUGUAUUCAACCACCCAUGGGAAACCGUGGCCCAGGCAGCCUGGCGAAAGUACCCAAAUCCAAUCAAUACGGCAGUGAUCGGCACCGAUGUGGUCGAGCGGCGGGUCGUCGACGGGGUCCUGCACACCCAUCGGCUAGUCAGCUCCAAAUGGUACUUUCCACAGUGGGCCCAAAAGCUGAUCGGAUCACCGAAUGUGUGCUACGCCAGCGAACAGUCCACCGUGGAUCCGGCCAAGAAGCUGAUGACCCUCAAGACGAUCAAUCUCACCUUCGGCAGCUUUCUGUCGGUGUACGAAACGCUCAGCUACGUGCCGCAUCCGUCGGACCCGGGCAAGACGUUGCUAAAACAGGAAGCCACCGUCCAGGUCGAGGGAGUGCCACUGAACCGGUACAUGGAGGACGUACUGACCAAGAACAUUAGCACCAAUGCCGGCAAGGGCCGCCAGGGUCUCGAAUGGGUGAUAGGGAAGCUAAACUCGGAGGUGAAAGAACUGGCCAGUUCCGCAGCUACCAGCACCAACGAAAUCCUAAAUCACACGAAAAAGUCCCUGGACGACAUCACGGACCAGGCGCGGAAGAGCAUGGACGAGCUCAGCGCGAAGGCCCAGAAGAUCCACGUAUAGUAACAAACGUUGCACGGCGCCGUCACCCAACAACACAGGUGCUACCGGUGGUCCUGGUGCUAGUGCGGCCGCUUCCUCCUCGUCAACGUCGUCGUCGUCGUCGUCGUCUUCGUCUUCAUCUACUACUGCAACAACACCACCCAAGGCGACGUCGACAUCAGCGUCGGGAACGGCGGCCUGGACUCAUCCCUCGAAGGCCGGCCAUGGAAGUGGAGAAUUUGCCUCCUCCAGUUCAUCAUCAACCAGCACGUUUCGAGCGAGUCACAGUAGCACCAGCGUUCCACCCAGAUCAUCCAAGACUACAACAACAUCUAAAGAGUUUUAUUCAGCAGGAAAUAGCACUGACAACACUGCAACAAGGAAACCAUCGACAUCGCCAUCAUCAUCGUCAUCAUCGACUUCAUCGCCAUCACCCUCUUCGACGAGUAGAACCAGUAGAAUCCCGCCUACUACGUCGUCAUCCUGAUUUUGGGCCAAUUUCGCACGAGACGCUCUGUGGUGCUAUAUUAGCUCUUAUUUCUCUAGAUUUCAAUUGUACGCUAUCCUAUUACUAGUUUUCGGUUCUCCUUACGACUCCUUUUUUUCCUUUUGACCGUCGUUUUGUUAGUAUCUUUCGGAACCCAAAUUGCGGAAAAAUAUCGUGUUCGUUAUUUAUUUUAUUAUGAUUAGUAAAAAAAAUCUAUUGUACAAAAAUCGGCUAAUCCACGGUCUGCACGCUGAAUUCUUCUCUCUAAUCCUGCCAUUCGGAGUAUCGCUUCUCGCACACUAAACACAAUCAAUAAAUUUUGCUGAAUUUUACGAACUGAAACAUUCAGCUCGAUAAAUUCAGUGAAAUUUCACUGAUGAGUUCUCGUUAAACACGCCUAAUGUCCGCGCUCAAAGAGUUAUCCCCACCAAUCACCACCCCCACGCCAAGCUUCAAGCGCAUAGUGAUAAGCAGUUCUGCACACCAAAUACAAACCGAUCAAAGGUAUCCUACAAUCGAACCCAGUACUAUUAUUGCCAAUAAGCUACCCGAACACCAUCAGUUUUGUUAGCAUAGGCCUUGUGGCCAGAAGAAACCGAUCCGAAGAAGGAGAAGGACGAGAGCAAAUUAAUUACCAAGUACCGUGUAAAUAUCCUUUAAUGGUAACUCUUACAUUAGAUAACUAACCGAAAUGGUAUACCGUGACGUGAUUAUUUAGCAUUAGUGCAAGAAGCUAUUUAGUAUUAUAGUAGAAGAUCCCUAGCGAAUGAUAUGAAAUCAAUAUAGUAGUUGGAAACUAUUUUUUUGGCAACCUUGAAGCUUCGAAGUCUCUUCCCAAUAUUAAAUCCCAAGCACAGAGACCACAGAGUGGACACAUUUUGCGGUUGAUGAGUGAGUACGUUUGUGAUUGAGGCUUGUUGUCACACGAGACAGAGUGGAGAGCGUUGUUCUUUUUGAAUUGUAUCAGGUAGGCAAAGAGAGAGAGGGAUUCGGAAGCGCAGCUUGUAGAUUUUUUCGAAUGAUAGCACGAAGCAAGCAACGGUAUAGCUCAAGACACACAUUCCUAUGGGAAGAAAUUGAUUUGGCUCGGCAAUGCCUAACGGCGCAGCACAUGCACAUUUUUCUAAAUUUUGAAUUUUGCGAAUUUCCGAUUUUGGCAAUGUGGAAAUAUUUUCGAACCUGCGAGGACUAGAAAAAAAUCAUUAACCAUCGAUUACACACAAUAGUGAGAUGUGCGACAGCAAUUUUAUGAUGAAAAGAUAAGAAAAACAAGAUAAUAAGAAUCAAAAAACAAACUGGAAACAGAUGCAAAGCGAACUCACACAAACAUACCAACAACACACAUUUGUCAGUCAAUAACACACGUUUAAAUUGUUGUAAUGUUUCAGAUAAAGAGAAUUUAAAUGAUAUGCGAGCGUGAUAGCUUGGUUUUCAAACAACUUCAAA